AUGGCCAUUUAUGAGAUUGUGAUGUUCCCGAAUGUUCCCAAUUUUGUAGACUCGGCCGUGGUACACAUCUUCAUGGGAAAGAAUCCUAUUCCUACAUUGUUGGCUGAUACUUAUUAUGCCGUUCAUUCCCGAUAUGAGAAAGGUGGCGGUGCUAUCACUUGUUGCCUUCAGUUGUUGUUCAUCUGGUUCCUCUCUUUGUUGCCCGACACAGGACCUUUUGUGAAGACAAGGGAAACACUCAAGUGGACCCACAGGAUUAUGUCACUUACUUCAUAUGAUAUUCAGUGGCAAAAAUACCGGAUCAACGUUUCCGAAGUGAUAGUUGGGUGCGGUGAGUUUGAUAAUGUUCCUUUGGUUGGUACUAGAGGUUGCAUCAAUUACAAUCCCGUGGUAUCCUUGUGUCAGUUGGGGUAUACUUUGAAAGACAAGCCGACGGAUCAUCUGGUAACAGAGACAGUCUAUUUUGAGAAGGGUUCGGAUCCAGAAAGUUUGAAGAGGAUAAUUGUGGCUUGGAAGAAGAUCCAUAAGCAUUAUGGAGCUCAUCUAGGGAAGAAAGAAUCGCUUGCUCUGACACCGUAUGUUAAGUGGAUUGAAAAGCGGGUCGGAAAUUUGUUGCUGCCAUAUGACAGAGUUGCACCACUUCAAAAGCAACCUCCUUUGAUUCUAUCUGAAUUUGUGCCAACAGAACUUUACAAGAAUGCUUUGGUUACCAACUACAGGUUGCAUGAAAGAGAACAAGAGACCAACUUGAAAUUCUUUGAGGAGAGAGAUGCGAAGAUGAGGUUAAUGCGCCAGCUCAAGCAAGUCGAAGGUGCAAGUUCAAGCCAAGCAAGUGCCCGGAGGCGUCCUUACGAGUUUCUAGAGGAAGAUUUGCAUCGCAAGCAACAGGAGUGUCUAUAG